AUGGACGUUUUUGAUAGCAUGCACUGGAGAACAACAAAGAAACUGCUGUCUGCGAUAGGAUUGUGGCCUUUUCAGCCGGUUAUUCAACGAAUAGUAGUCGGAGCUUUCGUUUAUUUUAUUAUACAGAGUAUUUUUAUAUGUGUGUUUUUGAAAUUGGUUGUGGCGUGGGGGAAUUUGGCUGAGACGCUUUACAGUGUGCCAAUACUUGUCUACUUUUCGAUGAUUCAAGUCAAAAUAACUAACUGUCAUUUGAAUUUACAUAAGGCUAAAUAUUUACUAUUACGAGUUAAAAAAGACUGGGAAUCAAAAUUAGAAGAUUCUGAAUUUGAAAUAUUACGUAAUGAUGGACGUAUCCAUAAAAUAAUAAUGGAUGUUUACUUUAGUGGAUUAAUUUGCGUAGCGACUGUGUACAUCGUACUGCCAUUAAUGUCACCUCUUCUCGACAUAAUCAUUCCCCUGAAUGAAACUAGGGAAAGAAUAUUACCCUAUCCAGCAGAAUACUUUAUAGACAUCCAAAAAAAUUUUUUCAUGCUCUACCCUCACGGAGCGAUAGUAACUCCCAUAGCUUUGACAGUUCUCGUAGGAUUUGAUUCACUCUACGCAGGUUUUGUUCAGCAUGCCUGCAGCAUGUUUACUAUCAUUGGAAGACGCCUAGAGAAUUUGACUGUGGACAGAAAUAAUAUCGAUGAAGAAAAAAAUUCCCUGAAUGAACAUCGUGGUCUCCAGUCAUUUAUUACUUGUGUUAAAAUGCAUAAAGAUAUUUUACAGUUUGUAAAACUUGUAGAAAAAUACUACUCUAAUUAUUUUUUUGUGCUACUUGGCGUUAUUGUGGUCGGCUUAAGCGCUACAGGUUUUCAAUUUGUAGUUUUGUUAAGUGGAAUAGGUGAAAAAGUACGUUGUCUUUGGUACGCGAUGGGCCAAGUGACUCACUUAUUUUUUUUGAGUUAUGUCGGUCAAAAGUUAAUAGAUCACAGUCAAGUUAUCAACGAGUCGCUAAGUGCCGCCAAGUGGUACGACUAUCCUCAAAAAAUGAAACCGAUAAUUAUUUUAAUGCUGAUGAGAGGCAAAAGAGUAUCGACAGUAUCGGCUGGUAAAAUUUAUGUCAUGUCAAUCGAAAAUUUCAGUUCCGUAAUAAAAGCUUCAAUGUCAUACUUUGCCGUUCUUACAUCUAUGGAGUCAUAA